AACUACUGGUAUAUGCUACAGCAUGGAUGAACCUCAAAAACUUUUUACUGAAGAAGCCAGAAGCAAAAGACCACAUAUUGUAUCAUUCCAUUUAUAUAAAAUGUCCAGAAAAGGCAAAUUUAUAGACAGAAGACAGAUCAGUGGUUGACUAGGACUGGAGCUGGGAGCUGGAUUGACUGCAGACAGGCAGGAGGGACCUUUUCAAGUUAAUAGAGAUGUCCUGUAACUGGAUUGUAGUGAUGGUCGCACAACUUAAUAAAUCACUGAACUGUUUAAAAAUGAAUGGUUUAAAGUGGGUGACCUGUUAGUGUACCAUGGUGGGACUCCAGGGAAGGAAGAGGCAGCGAGACAGUCUUCAUUUCUAAAGCUGCAAAAUGGGAAUAAUGAUGCCAGCCCUGUAGUGAGGCUGGGAUGAGACACGGGAGGUGCAGGAACUGGGUGCACGUGGAGGAAGCAUAGAGCCUGAAGAGCGGGAGCCCGAAUGCAGGGGAGAGGCAGUCUCUGCCCCAGAUUGUGCCUACUGUUUCGAGUUUAAGAGUCAGAGUACUUGAGUGUGUAACUAGGGGAUGGUUUAAAAUGCCACCAGCAUGUUAGUGACAAAUAGCAACUAUUCCAUACCAAACCCCAGGCCCUGGGUCCGCUUGCCCCACCACUUUCUCUUCCUUUUGUAAACUGUAAAGCGCUUUGCCGUCUAUGAUCUUUCAUUAGAUUAAAUAGGCCGUGAAGUCCAGCGGACACCAAGUGCGUGACAAGCCUGGCGCCCUAAGAACCCCGGCCAGGAAGAUGGUAUGGGCCAGACCACCCACCACCCGGAGCUCUCCAGCUGGCGAUAGAGCCAAAACGUAGCAGCAGCCGCGGCCUGCAGGGGGCGCCCGAACGUAACGCGCGGCUCCGCCCCGCCCCGGCGGCCCCGCCCCGUCACGUGUUCGCGGCGUCGCGCACACCCGGAAGCAGCGGCUGGAGUGGAGCCGGCCGCAAUGAGCGGGGAGCCAGGGCUGACGUCCGUAGCGCCCCCUCCCGGGGAGAUCGAACCGGGCAGUGGGGUCCGCAUCGUGGUGGAGUACUGUGAACCCUGCGGCUUCGAGGCGACCUACCUGGAGCUGGCGAGUGCCGUGAAGGAGCAGUAUCCCGGCAUCGAGAUCGAGUCGCGCCUGGGGGGCACAGGGGCCUUUGAGAUCGAGAUAAAUGGACAGCUGGUGUUCUCCAAGCUGGAGAAUGGGGGCUUUCCUUAUGAGAAAGAUCUCAUUGAGGCCAUCCGAAGAGCCAGUAAUGGAGAACCCCUAGAAAAGAUCACCAACAGCCGUCCUCCCUGCGUCAUCCUGUGACUACAUGUGACUACACUGGUGCCCCUUUGGGUACCAGGAGAGAAUAGAAGCUUCUGUGGUCUUGGGGGUGGGAGAGAGACCCUCUCCAUGGACAUUUCCACAGCCACCUUAUACCCCCUUCCCAGGAUUAGUGCCCACAAAAGCCAACUCCCCUCUCCAGCUUAGCCAUACCUGUCAGAUGCCACCAUAGUUCUAACUUAUUUUCCACUAACCCUGGGCAAUAUCAGCUAGUGGUAAUAAAGUGACACUACAAACA